CUGAGUACAAGUAAAAAGCAUAAGAUAAUUCGACGCGAAAGUACGCAUACUUGGAAUAUCACUCAACUGCACCAAGACUUAGCAACCGACCUCAUACCAACCCAGACACACGGCAGAUAAUCAACAUGGCAGCUAUAUCAAGCUCUACCAGCGGUCCGAGUACUACCCAGACCAAUCCUCUCCCUCUGACGUUCGACCAAAUAAGAAGAAUAAGGUACUACAGGCUGCAUGGUCAAACCCUGGACAGCGAAGACAACAUCUUCGUGCCCUGCUUCAACGACAAGUACGAAGGCCGCCACGUCGGCAACGACCACCGCUUCGCCGGCGAGAUGCUCAACUCCAUCGUCCGCACCCAGAGAGACGAGUGGUUGUUCAUCCCCUGCUCUGACCCCAACGCCCGGAACGGCGUCUUCAAGAUCUUGGUUUGCGAUUUGAUCCGACAACUGUAUAACCCAGCCCGUAACUACAACGAAGCGCUCAAACGGGGCGCUGUGUUCGGAGCGGACAACCACCAGCGCGUUGAAGAUCUUGUGUUUGGAGAAGAGAGUGCGGAUGUAGCGGUCGGCGAGCCGGCCAUGCCGCCGAUUGUCAGGACGGAGAGUACGAGUAGGGUGGCGUUCAAGGUCACGCCCGCGGUGUGGCAUUGGAUUCUGCAGAAUGUGGGGGAUGAGUGGCAGCCGGCUUUUCAGAAGGUGUGGGAGAUGAGUAUGCCGAAGUUUUUGGAUGAGCGUUGGACCAUUUGUGAGGCGUGUAAUCCGAAGGAGAGUAAGAGUGGUGAGAGGUGGACGGUGUUGCCGGAGUUGAAGCGGAGUGAUCUUCUUAAGGAUGAUACUUGGGAGAAGUUUUAUAAGGAGCAUCCUGAGUUGCGUUUUUAGAGUUGGUGUAUGUUCUUGUUGUUUCUUGGUUUGUGGCUUUUGAGUCUUUGAUUUUUGGAUGGAAAUAUUGUCUUUUGUAAUUUGAGACAUUCCGGCUUGAGUAAAGUGGGAAUUUAGCAACUCGACUUCGGCCAGUUCAGGGGCUUUGUAUUGUAGUAUAUUGACAGUAUAGUAUUUUUUUUACUAUAGAGCCAAUACCCUAAUACUCGAUAUCUGCCGGAGAACAGCUUUGUGUGCCAAAGAUGGAAUGUAGAUUUGGAAGAUUUACACCAAGAGGAAGAGGAGCAGGAAGAGGAGCAGGAAGAGAAGGAUAAGAAAAAUUGCGACAUGCAACAAAAAAUCUCCGCGAGGCUUCACAAGGCUCCGCA